AUGAGCUCGGAGCAGCUUGCCGUCGGCGUCGCCGCUGGCGCCUCCACCUUGGCUCUCUUCGCUUGUCUCUUUGUGCUCCCGGAGCUUUUCCAGGAAUUGAACGAGAUCCAUGACCAGGUUGGUUCCGUAAAAUGGUAGAGAAAAAUCUCAAUUUCGAAAAGGUUUCUCACUUUUAGGGUAGAAAAAAAGUUACAAUCGAUAACUGAUUAGAAACAUGUACUUAGGGAUUCCAGAGUGGUCCCUAUAGGGGUUGAGGAGCCGUUAAAGCUCAAGUGGACACUAUAGGGGACUUUCAAUUACGUUCAAAAAACGCUUAUCCAUUCAGUUUUUUUUUCCGAUGGAAAUGCUUUCACAACAAGUAUUGACUAGAAUAUCCCUUAUAAGGGCCACUAAUUAAAAUCUCUACAGGGACCACUUUUACACUUUUGCAAUCUUUAGUGGCCCCUAUAUGGGUUGGUAAAGCGAUCUCUAGAAGGGACCCUCCAAGGGUCCCUAAGUUUGUUCCUAUAGGGACCACUCUGGAGUCCCAGAGUGAACUAUUUUUGAAACAAACGAAUCAAAAUUGGUAUAUGAACGAACUAAAAAGACAAUCCAAUAUAUUUACGGUCUCAAAUUCAUGUACGAAACUCUAAUUCAGUCGUGAAAGGCAACAAAAAACACCCAAUAAAUGAAAACUUGACAGGUUGUCGAUACGGUGCAAGUUUUCCGGACGGAAACAGACUCUGCUUGGUCGGAGAUGAUGGACGUGCAGAUCGCCAUCUCACCGCCUUCUGUUCCGCGGCACAACUCGUUCGAAAGUGUGUUCCGCACGAAGCGUCAGUCCUACCGAGGCCUGCCUUCGUGGUGCCAGUGUGAGCCGGUCAAGCCGCGAUGUCCUCCGGGCCCUCCAGGUUUUUUUUUUGGAGUUGAAAUCUCACGAUCGAUUUUUUUUUCAGGACCUCCAGGAAAUCCAGGACCCCCUGGUAUGCCAGGCAACCGUGGCUCGCCAGGUCGCGACAAUUAUCACGUGUUCGAGCCGAUCCGCUGUCCUUCGCCAUCGAGAGAUUGCAUACGCUGUCCCAGAGGACCUCCUGGACAGCCGGGCCAGCCCGGACCUUUGGGCAGACCAGGACCAGACGGAAAGCCAGGAAUGCCAGGUCGCCAAGGCCAAUCAGGUCGCCCUGGUCUCAAAGGAGAAAUCGGCGAAGCCGGACAGCCUGGUCGACCAGGACGCGAAGGCCAGCCGGGUCAUCCUGGAAGAGACGGACGACGUGUCAGAAGCCUUCCAGGCGGCCCUGGAAUUCCAGGAGCUCAGGGGCGUCCUGGAAAGUCGGGAAAUCGCGGCUUAGACGGAAGACCAGGGUCACCGGGACUCCCUGGUCCACAAGGAAAGUCUGGAUAUCCGGGAAACAGAGGAAGCGAUGGAUCUCCGGGCCCCAACGGACAACCCGGAAUGCCUGGUGAGUGCCAUUUGUUUGAACUUUUUUAAGGAGUCAAAUGUAAAAAUGAAUUCAAAUUUCUUUCUGUGAUUUCAACCGGUUGAAAAAGUCGCAUCCAAUUUUUCCAUCGAACCAUUUUAGAAUCUCCAGAGUGAUCCUUAUAGGGGCGGUUCUUCGAGGGUCCCCUCUAGAGAUCACUUUACCAACACCUAUAGGGGCCGCUAAAUUUCGCAAAAGUGGUCCCUACAGGGUUUUAGUUCGUGGCUCCUAUAGGACACAUACUAGUCGAUUUUUAUGAACUCUAUGCGAGGAAGCGAAAACUAAAUAAAUGACCGUUUUUUUAAAUAAAAUGGAAUUGAAAGACCCUAUAGGGCCUAUAGGGACCACUUGAGUUUUAGGGGCUAAGACCCUAAACCCCUAUAGGGUUCACUUUUUCGGGCCUGGAUAGGGACUGUUUUUCCUUCGAACCCCUAUAGGAAGCUCCUCUAUAUUACCCCUAAAAGGACCACUUUUUCGGCCCCUAUAAGGCUUUUUUUCUCCCUAACCUCUUUAGAACCACCUUUUUAACCCUAUAGGGACCACUUUUCGGUCCCAUAGAACUUUUUUUCUUUUCUAAACCCUAUAGGGACCACUCUGGAAUUCCUAAGAAAACCGAAAAACGAUAAACUCGAGCAGAACAGUCCCCAUUUGCGAAACAAGUGAUACGUCGGAAAAAUGAAUGAUAUUUAAAAAGAGAAAAUUCUUGCUCGAAUGAACGUGGAAUGUUUUGCAGGGAACGACGCCUCCUACUGUCCGUGUCCUUCUCGGUCGAACGUCUACACGGAGCGCGACCGCUACUCCCGCCGAAGUCGCCAUUGAGGCCCCCCAGAAAUCUCUUUGUCCUCACAGUUUCGAUAAACAAUCGUUGUUCGCAGUGGGUCGCGUUUUUGGCGCCGAAAUGGAGGGCGAAUUCGAAAAUGGCGCGUGCGUCGUCUUCACACCUCAAUUGAAUCGACGCUUCCCGUUUCUGAGCUUUGCGGGUGGUCAGGGCUUGUUUCCGUCGCCUACCGACUUUAUCAAUUUUCAAAAAGACAACCAAUUCAAUCGAAAAAACCAGAUAUUCAAAGGCUUUUUUUCCGCUUGGUAUUUUCGUCAGGACGAUUUGCUAUUCCGACCAUUUAAUUACAGGGCAAUUAAAGUUUCCUCUGUUGUCUGCGGCUCCAAAAAGGUUCCGAGUUUUUCAACUAACUGUCGAUUCUGAAUCCAAAACUCAGUCGGAAUAAAAUUUCUGAGUUUGUGAACAAAACAAGGAUUUUUCACUUUUUUCAUACAAUUUUAAUGCAAGAAAUCGUCGAAAUGCAGAAUUUUGGGCACUGAAUAUUUUCAAGCAACCAUUUGCGUUCAUUUUUGAAAAAUGUGAAAAAAGGAAAAAUUAUCUUCAUAGACAAAGUCGCAAAGGGUGGAAAAGGCUCCAUAGAAAUGUUCCUUUUAAGGUGACAAAGGCCCCUUUUUUGCUGCCUUUUUGCGCCAUUUCAUGGGCUUUUAUGCACCAUUUUUGCUGACUCUCCCAUUUCACCAUUUCUUAAGCCUCUAAAAUCCCAGAAAAUAUGGAAGGCUUGAUAAAGGGACCCUUUUUGCUGCCUUUCUGCGCCCUUUUCUAAGCCUUUUUUCUGAGCUCGAAAUGUUUCAAUUUUGAAAUAUCCAGCGACGUUAUAGUGUACUUCAAACCGAAGAAAUAUUUUUUUCGUUUUUUAACUCUUACAAAUUCCCCUCGAUGGUGCUUCUCACCUUUGAUUUGAUCCCUGUACACGGAAUCCCUUGACACAGUCCUCCUGGAAACUUCUCGGAAGAACUUUCGCGGCAGGAUCCCCCAAGGAGAGACCGACCAUCCUGUCUGCGCCUCCGCUGUCUCGCAGGCCGCACCGAAGGAUGACGACGACGAAAUCGCUCGAUGCCAGAUGUUCAGCUCCUUUUUGCAGCGACCCACCCACAAUCGCUCCGCUUCACGCGCCUCAGUGAAAUCGCACGGAACCACCAACAUAAAAAAAAACUUUCUUUUUGCCCCGCGAACUCAUCUUUUUUUUCUACCGUAAUCUGGCUCUCAUUUCCAUCCUCCACAACUUCAUAGCUCAUUUCGUAUCAUGUCUGGAAAACAACUUUUUUGGCUUGUUUCUUUUUAAGAGUUUUCAAGGAUGUUUUUUUUUGUCAAAGGUUGAUACUGAGGAAUUUCUGAGGGGCCCCUAUAGGGGUUUGUUGUUUCAGGAACCCCUAUAAGGGUCCAAAUUUAAGAGUCUCCUAUAGGGGGAGCCUAGGGAUCCUUCAAAAGUUUCUCAGUAAAGCAGUUGACAGAAAGAAAAUUUUGUCAAGGUAUAAGGUUUUGAAGCUCAAUUUUGAAGUCGCAUUUUUUUUCCAAUUCGAGAAAAUUCCAUACUUUUCCUGAACUCAAAUAAGCCGCCAAUCACUUCCCUUUUGAAUUUUUUUGUUUUUUUUUGCCCAUUCUGAUCUGUUUGAACUCGUUGCUUAUAUAAAGCAUUAUAACUGAUACUUUUGUAGACUUUCUUUUCUGGCUGGUACUUGAAACUCGAAAAAAAGAGAGAAAUAUCUUUGGCAUUAUUGUCUUUCAAAAGGAGGAAAAAAAGUUUCGAUGCAUUUUUUGGCCCAUAAAUAUUGCGCUUCGAUUGAAAGUUUGUUCAGAGGACUUAUCACUAUGAAAUUCUUAUAAAAUGACUAAUUUAAAAUGGAAUUUUUUCCCCAAAAAUAGGAUCUUCUGUACAUUUUCGAAACGCGCAAUGAAGAGCUCCGCCAAAUGACAAACCGUAUUUUUUACUUCGCGUUAUCCUAAAAUUUCGAAAACAAAACGUUAAUGCGUCGUGAAUAACGCAAGUAAGCGAUUGAGACUCGUAGUUUUGACGGAGUGAAGACGAGAUCCCGAGGGCCAGAUGUCUCUGCAGCGGACUUCCGCAACCGUACAUACCACGGACCGAGGGAGGGAGACGGCCGCUUGCUCAGCUGCCGCCGUUUGUCGCCCAUCUUCCGUACAUAUCCAUCUAUGGGAUGGAUACAAGCCAAUCAAUCGAUGCGCUUGGUUUCUCUCGCUUCAUCCUUGUUAGGAUCAUCGAAAUCCUCUAUGAAAUAGAAGACUUGAUUUCGCCAAAAUGGAUAAGAGCCUCCCGAUAACUAAUCAGAUUAUAAAAGUCAACUAUGCGAAUAGUAGAUAAGUCUAUCAACAUGUUGUUAGUAGGUAUAUGGCCAUUUCCCAUAUCUUGACGAUUUCAUGCCAAGUUCCCUUCCUCUAGUUUCUCAAGCUUCCUAAAAUUAAUUUUUAAAACACUUGUGCACUCCAGAAUGGUCCCUUAGGGGAGAAAACAGCCUGUAUAGGGGCCGAGAAAGUGGUCCCUAUAGGGUUUUAGUCCCUGAAGUGAGCCCUAUAGGGACCUUCCAUUUUCAUUCAAAAACGCUUAUUUAUUUGGUUUUUUUUUUCAUAGAAAGGCUUCUUCGCACAGAGUUUAUUUAUCUAUGCCCUCUUUAGGGGCCACUAACUAAAACCCCUAUAGGGACCACUUUUGCAAGAUUUAGCGACACCUUUAGGGGUAGGUAAAGUUGUCUCUAUAAAAAACCUUCCAAGGGCUGUUAAGGUUGACCCUAUAGGGACCACUCUGGACUUCCUGAACACAUAUCGUAAGACUUUUUCCUUUUUAAGUAUCAUUUUAAAAUACCUUAAGUCAACUUUUGACUCACAUAAACAUUUCCAGCUGUAGUGGAAAUUACGCUUCGCAGCUGGAAUUUCACAAAAUUCCAUUUUUGGUCGCGGAACACUUUUUGGUACAAGAAAAUGAGCGUCCCGCCAACGCGUUUUUUGUUUGUACGGCUUUACAAGAGCCGUCCUUUUUCGACCUUUCUUUUCGGCGUCUUUGCCUCGACGCCUCAGGCAAGGUCGCCCCGUCUUUGACGCCUGUUAAUAAUGGUUGCCCAAGCGACAGAAAACCUUCCAACUGGAUAAUUUCUUGUUCUAUUACCCACUUUAUUAACUGUUUUUUGAAUAUUAUUUGCCUGCAAUUAAGGAAGCUUUUGGGAAGAUCCGUUUUUUCAAAUGGCUAUUUCACAACAUUUUCCAUCUUUCAACUUCUAAUGUCAAGCUUAUCUUUAUGAUUUUGUAAAAUGGUUGAUAUUAGGACGUCUGGAAGCAAAAUUUGAAAAAUUUUAACAAAGGAAAUGGAAGGAAAAAAAGCAAAAUAACUGCUCAAAGACCUUUUAGCGCCUUUUUAAGAACAUUUUCGAGGUAUAGUGCGUUUGAUCAUGAUAUUUACGUUUAAAAAAAACAGCGAUGAAAAAGCUACCGUAAAUACAACCUUUUGCUUUAUAAAACUGUUAAAAAGACAGCAGAAAACAAAGGUUUUGAAGCGAAGAUGCUAAAUUUUGAUCUAUUUUGGUAUAUGGUAUUUUCGGCGGAAAGAAAAACGUGACAAGGGGGCGCGGAAUAGGCUAUAGCAUUUUUUAGAUCCACGGUGGGUUUUUUGGUUUUUCUGUAGUAAGGAUGAACUAAUUUAAAUGUAAGGAUGAACUAUUUUACUUAUAACUGAAUUUUUUUCACAUUUUUUCAGCCCAAAUCUACUAGAAAAGAUCAAAAUAAGGGGGGAAACAUCUUUUGAUAAAAAUCUAAAAGCUUCAGCUUAAUUUUUCACAUCUUUUUUUUUCUGGAACACAGCAAUUUAUCUUCCUUAAUAUUGUGGAAACUUGAUCAUGAAGCGUAUUCAACUUUUAUAGCACAAAAACGCUUCUCAAAUCCAACCAUUAGUGCCCUAGAAAUCUUUAACAAUUUCUUUCGAGUCCUUGGGUCAAUCCACUCGCUGUAGAUCACACAGGAGCAUGAGCUGACCUUGGUCGGCGCGGAGAGGCGUGACCUCUGAGUGUCUGCGUCUCCGUCUCUCGUCCUACCAUACUCGGCUCGGCGCUCCGCGUCUUUCUUCUAUCCACACACAUCUACCCUCCACGCCUUCUAUCAUCCCAUCCUCAUUUAUCGAUCCAUUGGUCCAUCGGCUCUCGCUUUUCCUUCUUCGUCGACGGUCAUUUAUUUUUUCGUUUCUUGAGAUUUCUCUUUAAAUCUUUGAUGUACGAGUUUGAUAGGUUUACCAUGAUCAACUAUACUUUACUCAGUAAAUCAAUCCAAUCAACGUUGUAUUUUUUCUUCUCUAGCUGAAACUUUGAUUCACCCAUCCUCGUGAAAAGAAAAAUUCGCUUUUUCAAACUUUCAUGAUCUAUUUUAAUGCUAUCUGAGUGCUCGAGUCAAUUCGAAAAUUUCUCGACCUCUUUUUUGAAUCUCUUGAUCGGCAAAAUCCUCUUCAAAAGACUUGAAUCAUUAUCUUCUCGAAUCCAUCAGAUAAUAAUGUACCUUUUCUAUCUUUUAAUCCUUUCAUCAUCAUCAUCAUCAUUUCACACAUUUCAUGUAGCUUGUUCUAUUUCGAAUACAUUAGAGCGCUCCAAAAAUGGAAAAUUUACGUUUUUCUACCAUUUUUGCGUGAAAAUAUCUGCACUUCAACGUAUUCUAAUAGUUUGAAGCGAUUGAAAUUACUCAAAACUUUGAAAAAGAUUCAUAAUAUUCUCUUUUUUUAUUGCAAAUAAAAAAACGAAUUUAUUGCUAUGAACAAGCUUCAUGGCUGUUUUUUUUUUGAAUUCUCCUUCAUCAAAUCUUCUGUAUUUUUGUGAAACUUCACAUUUUUCACGGGCAAAUUUAUAAGGGUAAAGAAAGACUCCAUAAAAAUAUUCCUUUUUUGCCGCCAUUUUGCGCCAUUUCAUCGGCUCUUAUGCACCAUUUUUUGCUGUCUCUCUUUUUUUUUAACUAUUCCUUUGAAAUCCCAGAAAAAGAGACUUUAUUUGCUUCCUUUCUGCGGCCUUUUUUGAGCCUCUCACUUUUAGCGGCCAUCAUCCACCAUUCCAACUUUGCGCGAAAGAAGAGGCUCAAAAAAGGUCGCAGAAUGGCAGCAAAAAGGGUCCCUUUUAUCGGGCCUUCCAUUUUUUCCAGAAUUUUAAAGGCUCAAGAAAUGGUGGAAAAAGGGAGGUGCAUAAGAGCCGAUAAAAUGGCGCAAAAAGGCAGCAAAAAGGAAAAUUUCUAUGAAGCCUUUUCCACCCUUUCCGACUUUGCCUAUGCCAUUUUGGGGCCUUUUUUGAACCUCUCUCUUUUAGCCACCAUUAUCAUCCAUUCCGACUUCGCCCAAGUAUAUAUUCGAUAGUUCUUUCUCAGAAAUCACCUUUCCAUUAAUCCGCUUUGCUUGAUGAAAGUCAACUCUCGAUAAUUUUCCAAGUGAAUCGAAUUUGCGCAUGUAAUUCGACAACAUGGAGUAACCGUAGGCUUUCUUCUAAUUUCGUCUAUAAAAACGCCGGGUAAUGUUAUUUUGUCGCGAUUUCACCUGUCGGCGCCAAGCGAGGUCUCACGACUAUUUCUCAAGCUGCCUUUUAAGGUAGAAGUCGCCGAGAAAAGGGAGGCCGUCAUGACGUCGCCGUACGACUAUCCGUACGUGGACACGACCGCUCUUCAGAUGCCGGACCUCAACGGAUACUGGCCUGGUAACUUAUUAUUCAAACUUUACUUGGGCUCUCAAAAUUGGUUCCCCAAUUAUUGGAUGUUUCUUGUAAAGUACUUUUUUUGCGAUUAACACAGCCUAAUUUUAAAUGAAAAGAAUAUGUGUACUUCCCUAGUUUUGUAAAAUUCUCUCCGAACUCCUUCCAAUUUUUCAUUCUACAGGUCAGAAAAAAAGCCUCCUUGAAUUCAUUUUCUGUUUGUCUCAAGGUGAUAAAUGGAGUAUACGACCCAAAAUUGCCACGUCGAGUUGAAAAAAAUUCCAUGAAAAUCUAAACUUUCCCUGUCAGGACAUUGACAAAAAAUGAAAUGACGAAGAGGUCCCUAUUUUCUGAAUAACGAAGAUUGUUUCAUUUUUCGCUUUUUUACAUUGAGAUCGUGGAAUAACUGCGUUCCAAGCCGAAGAAAACAGUUUGUACUCUAUUUAGGUUUAAGAGAAUAAACAGGCCUUUUUUCCAAUUUCCUGGGCCUUAUUUUAAAAUACUAGGAAGCCUAAGAUGAGCUGUAGAACACUUCGAGACCAAUUACUGAAGUUUCUCCAUUCAGGUGGUAGCUACAUGCUGCCGCCAUCGUACGCGAUGAGCGGCCUCUCGACAAACGGCGAGCCGGAUUACUCCAGUUAUCCUCCGGUCAUUCCGCCGCCGCCCGCCUCUGCUCAACAAUCCGCCGCUCCUCCGACGUCUUCGAACGAUGUCCUCGAGCUCAAGGUGGGCACAAGCAAGACACAGAAUCUCAUCGAUAUUUUGCAGCCGACGUCAGCUUAUGCUGGAGGCUCGACGACUUCGACCGUGCCACCGCCAGCAGAAGGCCUGCCGCCCAUGUAUCCUACGGGAGUCUGGAAUUCCUAUCCGCCGUAUAUGGUAAUCACUGGAAGGAAACCCUUAUAUCAGAGAAUGUGUUCAGCCGCCUGCCGACGAUAAAAGUUCGAGUGCAGCGGUGGCGGCGUCCUACACUCACUUGUCCUACCCGUUCGCUCCAGGUGACGUCUCCGAUCUGCCGCACUCGGCCGCUUUCUAUUCAUCCUCUCAGGUUCGGUCUCUUCUCCUACUUUCAUAGUGGCAUCUUGCACCCUAACUUUGACUUGGCUCGAAAAAAUCGACGGGGUCAAGGUCCUUGAGUAAAGCGAACUGGUGCCAAGCCGAGGGAUUUGCGCUUGUAAACCCUUUGGCGGCUCUGUCGUGACCUUGGAACCCAAAAGAGCUAUUUUUACCUCGAGAAAAUUGUCUGUAGCGUGAAUUCAAUAGCAGAUACUUUCUGUCAGUUCGCAGACUCGUUAACCAUUAUUGAUUGAUCGGAAUUUAUCAAUCGAUGGCUUUGUAAAAAAAAAAAACGCGUUUUCAAGCUCUCCAACUUGAUUAAUCCGCGCUAUUAUAAUUUGUUUUCUUCUUUUUCAAGAAAAAAAAUGAAAAAAAGGGAACUUUGACCGAUUCUUAUGAAUUUUUCAUUAAUGACUGAAAGUUUCUUUCCGCAACUAUUCUUGAGUAACACGGUUACUAACUAGGAAGCUUUUUUUUAAAAAUUUCUCACAAUAGAUCUCGUUUCCGAUUUAUGAAGCUUCAAAGCCCGCAAAAUACCCAAAUUAUGACAAAAAAGCACUAUUCCAAGCUUUUGGAGCGUCCCAACUCUAAAUAAAGACCUAUUACGAGAAUUUUUUCCUUUUUUAGAAUUAGGAGGCCCUGGUGUACACUUCCGCAAAGUAACAAAAAGUUCCCUAGUAAAUAAACGAUUUACAGACGAGUUUGUCGGAUGGAAGUGCCGCCGAAGUCUAUGUGCCGUGCCUGCAGCCAGGGUCCGCCGCCGCCUCGGGAAUCUCGCCGCACUUCGACCCGCAGGCCUACGGUAUCAUGCAGGCAGCCUCUUCGAACCAGCCCGCAAGGCCUGACACGUAGGAUUCGUCUUUUUUGGGGCGGAAAAUAUAACAAUGAGACUGCAGCGCAUCGAGCAUGCCGACGAGGCCUUCGUCGAAAAGAAAGGCGACACGACCGCAGGAUUCGGACGACGAGUCCAAGAGCGGCGAUGAGAAGGACGUGGAUCGCCGUUCUGCCAACAAUGCUCGUGAAAGGUGGGAUAAAAAGAUCAAAAGGCCACAUUCUAUGAAUUUUUUUAUUACUAAAAUUUGAACCCUUUUAUUCACAAGGGUGUGCUCAUCAAAAAAUUCGUUUUAAGUGAGUCUGUGGGUAUAGCUGAUUCACGGCUGGCUUGAGCUAACGGAAAAAAAGGUCUUGACAUGGUAAUGCAAGUGAUAGUUCUUGGCUCAUAGAGAGCGCAGACAGGACACUUCUUCUCAGUGUCCCAUACCAGCUGUGAAUCUAUAAGAAUGACUGUCCAAAGUUUCAUGUCGAUACUUUACGAACUUUUACAGAAAGUAAACAUCUUUUCUUUCAGAGUUCGAGUCAGAGACAUAAACUCGGCGUUCAAAGAAUUGGGUCGAAUGUGCACCCAGCACAACCCGAACACGUCAGAGAAGAACCAGACCAAGCUCGGCAUCCUGCACCAAGCCGUCUCCAUCAUCACACAACUCGAGGAGCAGGUUGAUCUGAACCGCACCGCCACAAUCUCACCCACUUCUCAGUUUCAGGUGCGUCAGCGGAACCUGAACCCGAAGGCGGUCGCCUCGAUGAAGCGGAAAGCGGCCGAAGAGGAGAAGCUCGACGGGAAGCCUCCGCUGACGGCGCCGUCCAUGGGCGGACACGUCGACCAGCUCGAUUCCUACCAGCCGCACCGGUAUCCUUCAUAG